UUGUUAUCUGACAGAAUGAGUCCUACGUACGCCACUUGGCAAACAUGUGUGUAUGUACCUCACAUACUCAAACCCAAACGCCACUACAUCGAUUUCACUGUCAGCAACAAUAUCACUACUUGGCAUCCUAAGCUGAUAAAAAACACUCGGAUUUUCUCGCCGAUCGGAGGUCCUCUCCUCAACCGUCCAUCCGACGACUCACGAGUCUGCGCAUUUAGCUGCGCAGUCAAGUCAACCAUACCCGAUCCUGCCCGGAAGAAGCAGUGACGUAGCUUAAUCCUCCUUCUCCUUGCUUACAAGAAAGAAAAAGCUCAGGCAUCUACCUCCCCGGAAUCCACCCAAAGCUACGCAUCUCGCUGGAUCCAUACGCAUCUCAAUCACGCUGGAACCAUCCAUAAUCACUUCACCAAAUCCGUUGGAUCCAUAAACAUCGAUAAGUAUCGCGCUGGCUAUGGAAUCAUCGAUAUCCAUACACGGCCAAAUUCAACUUGUUCCUCUCGCCGCAAUCCCCGCUCCGACGGAUUGCUAGAUUUAUCCAUCCCCUUCUCCUUCAAUCCUACGGCUGCAUGGUAUCCGUAGCGAAUUUUGUUUAACCAAGGUUCAAUCGUCGUUCAUUAAACGUCUCUUGGAAAAUU